CUAACCAAAGGCUUUUAUGCUGAGGAGUGCGUAAUGGCGGGCGGGGGGUAGGAACGACACUUUUUGAAAUGUCCUGAUGACUUCUUGUCACUAACAUUUGGAAAACUCCAUUGACGGGACGGUUUCAAUUUUUUUUUGACAUACUGCUGGCCCUUUUAGACUGCCCCGGUCGCCAUGGUGACAACCAGGAAGCAAAACUGAUUCUCUUUAGCAUGUUGACAUCUGCGACUUUCAGCGGUUCAUUUGGGCCUUUUCUUCAUCUUUCUGCUGACCUCCACCGACUGCGAGCCCUCUGAAACACGGACAGACGAUGAGCGGGACCCCUGACGACACCAAGCCUGUGAACUUCACUGUCAAAGCUCCGGUCUACCUGCAGAUUGGAGAUGCCAAAGCAGACACGGCUCACUCCGGUGUCUGUGUCGUCGACGUCAACCUCCCGUUUGGAAAGCCUGUUAAUAUCGAGGAGGUCACCUUUAAGAACUACUACACAGCCUACGUGACGGUGCGCCUGCUGAGGAGGAACCCCGAGCAGGAGGCCCCCGCCAAGUGGUGCACGGCCGUGAGAGACCUGCCCCUGAUGGACAACCCCCACACUGAGGGGGGCUCCCAGGACUACUACACCAUUCACCGGACGCAGAUGCAGGUGGAGCCGGAUCACGUGGUGUGUGCGCGGCUGAUCCUGAGGCAGCCGUCCUUGGCCUGGUUAACCUUCAGCCUUGAAGACAUUAAAAUAUUUCCUCACACGGAGCCGGACCCAGAGAAGGAGGUUUCUGAUUGGCUGUCUGACCUGACCCUCACUGACCAGCACCCCGAUCUGGAGGGCCUCCCUGACCCGCAGACCGUAUCCUCCAGCAUCCAGCAGAUGUGGGCUCUGACUGAGGUGAUGCAGACCAAUCAGACGACAGCAUCCAUCGGACGGUUCGAUGUGGAUGGAUGCUACGAUAUCAGCCUGCUCUCCCUGACAUAAAGAAGUUGGUGUGUGUGUGUGUGUGUGUGUGUGUGUGUGUGUGUGUGCUGUAACAGCAUGAAGAGAAAGUGCUGACAAAGACAGGACGUCUCAUCUCUGCUCGUCACGCUGAGGUCAUUUCCUGUCCUGAUGCGAUGCUGUCACAGAGUUUCAGUCUUCGCUGUAAUGUGUAUUUAUUAAACUGAGAAGACCUGCGCGUCCUUCAAGUACCUGUAUCAAAGACUCAUUCACUAAUAAAAAAAUAAAGUAACA